AGAGUCCGACAGAGAGAAAAAUAACAGUUGGCAAGAGUGGCACGUGUGAGAUUCGAGAUAACCCAAAAACCAGUCCGAUUCCGCCUUCAAGCCCCGAACCCUGUCUUAGGGUUCUCCUUCCCUCUAUCCUUCUCAUUCUCUCACUCAUCGUUCAUCGGAUCAGGAUCCAUCGGUGUUGUUCAUCCCCUUCGAAGAUAAAGUGAUGUGUCACUGCUUUGGGAUGUUCAAUGUGCCAUUGAGUUUUUAUUACCCCCUCCAUUGAGUGGGAGGAGAGAGGGGGAUGUCGAGUAGCAGGAACACCCACUGGUGUCACAGAUGCAGGCGGCCAGUCAGACUGCGUGGACGAGAUGCACUUUGUCCCUACUGCAGUGGAGGAUUUGUUCAAGAACUUGAUGAUAUGGUGCGUAUCAGCCCUUUAGAUUUCUUUGGACUGGACAAUGAUGAAGAUCAUGACCAGAGGUUUGGGCUUAUGGAAGCUUUCUCAGGUUUUAUGAGACAGCGAUUAGCAGACAGAAGUUAUAAUCAUGAUAUCAGGGGGAGAUCAGAUCCUGUUCCUGAGGGAUUUGGUCCUUUGUUGGUUUUUGGAGGCCAAAUACCUUUUAGGCUGUCCGGAAAUGGUGGAUUUGAAGCUUUUUUUAAUGGGACUCCUGGAAUUGGAAUCACACGAGGUAAUGCUGGAGAUUAUUUUAUAGGUCCUGGAUUGGAGGAAUUGUUUGAACAGCUCUCGGCUAAUGAUCGCCGAGGUCCUGCCCCAGCAUCCAGAUCUUCAAUCGAUGCAAUGCCAACCAUCAAGAUCACACAGAGGCAUCUUCGUUCUGAUUCUCAUUGUCCCGUCUGCCAUGAAAAAUUUGAGUUGGGAUCUGAAGUGAGACAGAUGCCCUGUAACCAUAUGUAUCACUCAGACUGUAUAGUCCCAUGGCUAGUCCAGCACAACUCAUGCCCUGUAUGUCGCCAAGAGCUGCCACCACAAGGAUCUGGUAGCAGCCAUGGUUCUCAAAGCUCAAGUGGUCGAAGUAGAAGCAGCACAAACAAUGAAAGGGAAAAUAGUAGGGACAAUCAAGGAAGACGAAAUCCAUUCUCUUACCUUUGGCCAUUCCGCUCAUCAAGUUCUAGCUCUAGGCAUAAUGGAACAGCCGGAAACAGCUCACCAACUAUGCAUGACAGUAACCACCAAAUGGGUUAUUCUGGAUGGCCUUUUGAUUAGGUUAUUACUCCUCGGAUCAUGGUUCUCUCUCUCUCUCGCUCUUCGUGAUAAUAACUUGGCGCAUGCAAUUAUACCAAACAUGUUCUUAGAGUGGAAUUGGUCUGAAACAUUGGGUACUCUGGAGUCUUGUUUAAAUGUGAUUGUUUCUGUUUCUACUUUUGCAACUUGUUAUGUAAAUGACUUUCCUUAAAUCUGCUGUGCUUUUUCUCUA